AUGGAUGAGGCAACGCAGCACUCAACCCAGCCAUAUGCCGAUCCGCGGCGGAUGGGCCUCAACAACUCCGGCCUUGAUGAACACGAUGUUCCCGACAUUAUUUGUGUUUUACAUCCUAACUCCAUGGCGGCCCACAAUGCUGUAACUGCCACUGCGCGCUUUGGCCAGCAGCAUAUAUUACAGAGGACCAAUCUUGAAUGCGAAGCCGGGCUUCCCAACACCUCUUCCGGAGACAUCGCCUUGAGGCUUUCAUCUCCUGUAAAAGAUGUGAAUAUGGGUUUUUGUUUCGGCCGCAAUCCGAAUCGUUGUGAUAUAGUCCUCGCUCGGGAUGACAGCGAAAAAAUGAUCUCAAAUGUGCACUUUCGGAUCUAUCUAACACGCGACAACAUCUUGAUGCUCCAAGACACUUCAACCAAUGGAACCCUUGUAGAUGAUAUUGUUGUUCGGAGGGAUAAUAAAAAUGGUACCUCCUCCACCCAAAUGCUUGUUCCCGGCUCUAUCAUUCAGGUGGCGAAUGAUUCAAUAGCUGGCAUCAGGUUUAUAGUCCGUAUUCCCCCCAGGGAUGGUUAUGAGCGUCAGUACACUCAGAAUGUGAUUCACUACAUGAAUCGAAUGCAAAAUGCGUGCAAGAAGGUGGGGGAUGGUGGAGGGAAGCCGAUGAAAGUCGAACCUCGUGAUGGUUAUCUUAUCGUCUCCCAGCAAGGUGGAAAUAGCCAUGGAAUGCACUGGAAUGGUGGCUCCAAAUACAACGUUACCGGACAGGUUGGGAAAGGCGCGUUUGCUACAGUGUACAAACUCGCAACAAAAAACGACGGCAUGGUCUACGCUUGCAAGGAGCUCGACAAACGGCGACUUAUGAAAAACAAUAUCUCAGAUCACAAAGUCAACAAUGAGAUGAUCAUCAUGAGUGGAUUACGACAUGUAAGGACCCUCCCCUACAAAUAUCGCCUUACCACGAUGACUAACUCCUAUAAGCCGAAUAUUGUUGAAUUCAGAGAUUACCAUGAUCACGAUAACCGCUGGAUUUACAUCAUAAUGGAAUAUGUUCCCGGUGGCGAAUUGUCCGCUUAUCUUAAUCAAUGUCAUCAUCUUGCGGAGGAGCAGUCGUUUGAACCCUUACAUAUUAAGCUUUCGGAUUUUGGACUCUCCAAGGUCGCCCAAGAAGAAUCAUUCAUGAAAACGUUCUGUGGAACACUCUUGUAUUGCGCCCCUGAAGUUUAUCCGGAAUAUGACAACUAUAGACGAGGCGAAGCAAGAAAAAGACGACGUGCUGCUGAUCCGAUCCCUAAAACUUCCCCGUAUGAUCAAUCAGUCGAUAUGUGGUCUUUUGGCGCGGUUCUAUUUCAUAUUCUCUGUGGAACUGCUCCAUACAUCGGCAGAGGGGAUGAUAGGGGUGCAACGAUGCUGCGAAGUAUCAUGACAACUGAUGCUGAUUAUGACUUGCUUCGAAAACACGGAGUGUCGGAAAAUGGCAUUAGUUUUGUUUCCAAGCUUCUUAACCGCGAUCCAAGAGCUAGACCCAAGGAGCCCGAAUGCUUUCAACAUCCGUGGAUCGCUAACGUUGAAGACGAAUUUGAUUACACAAAAUUCGACUUCCCAGAAGUUCAGGGCGUUGACACGACUUUGGCUGUCGUGGGUGAGGUCAACGAAGAUGAAGAAGCAGAACGGCUCGACGCCUCUGGCCUUCAUCUUAAUGAUAAUAUUAAUAGAGAUUUAGAUGAAGAAAUCGAAAAUCAGGAUGAUGCAGAUGAAGGCAAAUCAUCCAACGGCCACAAUGACGUCAAAAGACAGCGACUGUCCCAUUACCCUGAGGAUACUAGCCACCAGGUCGUGAUGGCCCAAGUUCCCGCUAUAAUCACAUAUCCUUCGUUACCGGACCUUGGUAGCUACGAUCUAGACUCGAGUUUCAAUGUCCAAGGAGCUCAGCCGCCAGAGGCACGGCUUUUUGGAGAAAUCACCGGGUCUGCUCUGCGAGGUUCUGCCUUACUCGAAAGAGAAAUAAACCGACCAGAAACGAUGUUUGACUUUCAACCUCGUUUCCAAAAUGAUGAUGGCUACGACGACCCUUCUUCAGAUAUAGAAUCUUAUGAUAGCUCCAGCAGCCUGGACAACCCAGCACAGAUGCACCAUCAACAGCUGCCUAUCGAACUGGAGCGGGGCGCAUCUGCACCAAGUCUAAUGGGUGCGGAAUCACUCGUCGGCCAAUUGAAUAUGGAAUCUCCUGAUGCCAGGUCAUCAGUCUCCACAGCCCCUAAUAGCAACGAUCCAACUACCCCGGAGCCUCCAGGGGAUAAUGCACCCGCGUCCCAAAUCCAGAAACCAAGAUCCGGUGGCUACAGCGACACUAAGAGAAAAAGCUCGCGCCAAAAGCCUAACGGCCUCGACUCUACUAAUCAAACGCACCAAAGAUCGGGCGACAAGGUAUCCUUCCCUACCCCGAAAGCUACACCCAGAAUUCCCGCGAAUCAAUGUCGUCUUUCGGGUCAACAAACUUCGAAAUCGUUCGACCCGAAACAUCUACUCGAACUCGCGACCACAAUCGACGAGCGUACUGGAGAAGAAGUCACAGAAUCUGAUGGCUCGAUUGGUCCUCACGAGGCUGGCGAGGCGAACACGCAACCCACUCCAAAGGCCAAGGUUCCCGUAAAUGUAAUGAAUCUCACUCCACCCUUUGGAACGCUCGUAUCACUACCUGGUUCUAUCGCCGAUAUUGCCCUCCACCUCGAAUCACGCAUGACAUCAUGGGGCCGAGGGCCAAGGGUAAAUGUGCGUUACUCCGAUCCCAUGGACAGCCGAAUACCGGCAUAUGCACUCGAACUCACAUUCUGGGCACCGUCGAUCGAAUCUCGCAUCGCAGCGGGAGAAGACUGGACAAAGAUUCCCGGUGUGAUGGCCAUACUCUCCACGAAGGCGAGCAAUUGCAUCUGGGUUAAUGACGUGGAGCUACAGACCGUGAACGCUAUCUGCGCUUUCGAUGCGAGUUUCAUCAUGGGGAAAGCAUAA